AUCACAAGUAACGAUUCUUGAACCGGAGGAUCGUAUAGUGAAGAUUUUUGCACAACAACGUUUGAUCCCUCAAAUAACGAGUGUAUUUUUGGAUGCGGCGUUCAUAUCUUGUUACAUAUGAUGACGGGAACUCAAAAACCUGUUAGUGUAUAACUUAAUACAACAUCUUGGAAUCUUCAAGCUAUAUUCUGUAAGUAGUUAAUUUUCUUUUGUAAAUACUUAUCAAUGUUGAUGGGUAUUUCUUAUAGUGAUCAACAGCAUCUCCUGGGAAUGUGGUUGGUUUUCCUUGCAGGAAUAAUGGUUUUUUAAGUGCAAUUAGUGUUCAUAUGGAGUAUUCGGAAGGUUAUCAUCAUACUCAGUAAAUCCCACCAAUAGCCUUGCAGGAAUAAUGGUUCUUUUAAGUGCAAAGGUAGAGUCUGAGGAGGGGUAAGUUGUAGACAACCUUACCUCUACACUGUAGGAAUAGAGAGGCUGUUUACAGGGAGACCCCCGGCUCGAUAGUAGUUUUGCAUCAAGCCAAGCCUUGGAGUAUUCGGAAGGUGAUGGCUUAAAAGCUGCUAGACCUUUUGCAAGUCAUAUAUAAUGCAAUUUGGUUUGCUAAAACUCAGGUGCUUGGAAUUUUUUGUUAUCGCAAAAUGGAAUUUAAUAAUCCAAAUGUGGUCCUAGCAUUAGUAUGAGUUCGUUGACCACUUUAAGCAGUGGCAGACGUGGAUUUUAUUCCAUUGGGGUCCUCUUUUUUUGGUAUUCAAAAUUUUCACAACGUAACAUAAAAGUUUUAGGGUCGGGGCGAGAAACAUGUAGCAAAAAUAUAUGAUCCUUACUCAAUAGAAAACACACAAAUAAAUAUAAUGUAAUUUGAAACGAAAAAAAAAAAAAACAUUGCAAUUUUAAAGUUCAAAUUCAUAGCAUACAAGGGUUGUGAGUUGGUGGUGUGUGCAUCUUGUGUUAUGUAUUGCUUCUGCUUGUUUUUUGGUGUUAAAAAAAAGGCAACAGAAAACAGGUUGUACAGGAAUUGAACCCUUGACUUCUUGUUUAUCCGGAGGGGAGAGAGGGAACCCUGAGAAAGAGAAAGUGGCGCCAAAGACCGUCGACGGCCCUUAAUCGAUUUCAUCUACCUUUCACGAGUUCUCCGGUGCCCGACCGACUAUGAUGACGACAAAUCAAUUGGGGCCCAAUGACCAUCUCUAUCUAGAAGAAUUUGCAAUAAAUGUCUGCACGAGGUUACAUUCGUAUUGACAGACAGAACAAUUAUUUCGUUUAGAUAUGGUGAUACUGAUGAUUGGUUUUGUCAUGAAGUGCAGCUCUCUAGCAAGCAGUGGCUGGAACUGUUGAUCCGUGCCACCGUUAUGUGCAUAACUUGCACUUAUACUUUGAAGAGUGGUUUAAGGUUGACGCUGCUCAACCUUUUUUUCCUAUUGGUAUGUAUACUCUUCAUAUAUUGAAAUAUAUCUAUACGGCUUCUAAUUUAUUUUAUGGUAUUCAGCUGACGUAACCAACUGACUCGUUUUGAACAUGUUUUGAAGCUCCGUCAAGAAUUUUUUGAUACAAAGCUUUGAUUCGGAUAGUACGGUGCAUGUAUCGAUGAUGGUUAAAUCUAUUUGUAGGUACCCCUUUCAAACAGGUCAACUAAAACACCAUUUUUUAUAGAAAGGUGUUUGUCCGAGUCAUUGUUUGGGAGACGUCUGAAGGUAUGUUGAUAUAAUUUUUUAAAUUUCUUUAAAUGGAUUAGAAUGUUUGGUCAGUUGUUGAAGUAAUAAUGUUUUACAGUUUGUUUAUUUUAGUUUUACAUGUAUACAAAAUGGUGAUAUAAUUUAUUCACUAUUCACUCUGAAUAGUGAAUAGUAAAUACAUGUCAUGACCAAAUUUAUUUUCAUUGUUAAGUAUACAGUCAUCACCUUGGUAAAUUCAUUUAUUUUCAUUGUUACCAUAGAAAGUAAACUGGUGGUGUUUUAGUAGGCUGAUGAGCUUUCAUAAGCUAACACCAGCACUUUGAUUAUUUUCAGCAUUUUUUGUGAGUUUCAAAGUUCUGGAGUUUUAUUAAACGGGUCAAACAGUCCAGCUGUAUAGAACAGGUCAAACACUUGGUUUAUUAUAUUAAUUGGCUCAAGCGGGUCAGUCUUUUUAAACAUGUCGGAUGAUAAUUUAUUUUUGAACGGGUCAAAUGGGACUCCUUUCUUACAAGGGUCAACUGAGACAUUUUUUAUAGGCUGAUGACUUUUGAUAAACCUAUCUGAGUAGUUUAAAAAAUAAUCACAGCAUAGCACCAAAACUGUUGCAUUAAACAUAGACAGUAUAACAUAAUAAUAAUGAUACAAGGCGUACACUGAUUUCCAGAUCUGAUGUAUGUUUAAACCAUAGUCACAUAACUCUAAUAGGGAAUGAGCGGAUAAAGGGUAAUAAACUAGAAUAUGUUGUCUCAUAAAAAAAGUUUCUAAUUUAUACGAUCAUAUAAUAAUAAUAAGAAUUAUAAAAAAAUAAAAACUCUCUCUAGGGCGACGAACCAUCUUCUCCGGCGAAGCUCUGUAUAAUAACCUGUGAUUGAUCUAGCGGAUUAACAUCCUGCCGAUCAUAACGAGAUUGUUAGCAGAGUUUUGAGCCCGUUCAGAACGGUGGUGACGUAACGCCUUCCUCUUCGCCGGCGUCUUUUGUCUUCCUCGUUUUGCUGUAACCUUUAGUAAGACGUUUUUGUUUCUCCUCCUCUCCGGUGUAUUCUCAGGCUCUGUAUAACAGCCUGUGAUUGAUCUAGCGGAUUAUUCCUGCCAAUCAUAACCAGAUUGUUAGCAGAGUUUUGAGUCCCAGUUAGUUUUUUUCCUUCAUUCUUUCGUCUCUCGGUUAGUUUCUCGGUAUCCCCUUCUCAUCAUGACGGAGGGGGAGCAGGACGGUAGUUGGAAAGACGUUCCGAUCAAGGAGUACAAUAGGAACAAGGGUCAGCACGACAUCAGUACCAAGACUGGAAACAUAACUAAAUUCUACGUAACUAAACUUCCAGCUGGGUGUAUUCCAUGGGAGGUUGCAGAGUUUGUGAAGGUUUUCGGAGAUGUUGCAGGAGUUUACGUUGCAAGGAAGAACGAUAAAGAAGGACGUAAAUUUGGAUUCAUCAGUUUCCGCAAUGUUUAUUAGCAGGGAUUAUUAAACUUAAUUUAUGAUAUGUAUAUGUAUUUGUAUGAUAAUAUGAUAACUAGAACUCGAUAUGUAUAUAUGAUAAGUCAUGAUGGAUGUUAUAAGCGGGUAAUUUAAACUGCCAAUGACAGUUUCCCGCUUGAAUUAACCGCCAAGAUUAUCAAGUAUAUAAGGGGGUAUACCGGCAACAUUAACCGGUACCAAGACACUCAAUUUCUUUCGUUAAUUGUCUGUCCAUUCGUUUGUUAUUAUCUGUUAAUUAUGUCAAACAAGUCCGCUGCAAACCAAUGUUUGAAUCAUCUGCAAGAUGAUGAUGUUCAGAUCAAACCUCGGUUAACCCCAACAUGUGGUAUCAGAGCCACGGGGACGACACUUCCCUGUCAACACUGCAAUGACAAAGAAUCCAGACGAUCACUGAAAAUGCAUCGAACAAAAUUAUGUUAUUAUUGUCAUCGUCCAGGCCACUUCAUAUACGACUGCAAAUCAAAGGAGAAUGAUGAAAAUACACAACUGAUUUCUCAAGCAGUAAAUGCAGGAAUAAGAAAGCAAAGAGUAUCGGUAGAAGAAAGAAACGAGAUGAUAGUGACUGGUUCAGAAGGCGGUACAUGGGGAGACAUAUGGUAUGUUAGUCUUUCGUUUACGCAACACUAUGCCGGUAAUCUAAAUGUUUUUAAACGUAUCAAACAUUUAGUGGGGGUUGAAACCAACUCGGGGGAAAAUGAUUUCUUGUUUAUGAGGGGUAUAGGGAUUGUGGAAGUCAAAUCCAAUAAUGAAAAACUGUUAAUUCAGGGUGUCUUAUACACACCGGAAUUAGACAGAAACGUACUCAGUCUGAAUCAGUUAACAAUGCAAGGCUUUACGGUUAAGAAGGACGGAGAUACUUGCAAAAUAUUUCCUAUGUUCUCAUCUCCAAUUGAUAACACAGUAAAUGAAAUAACGGGGUUAACGAAGGAAGAUGAACUAGGCCUAAAGGAAAAACAAAAGGUCAUACGAUUAAAUGAUGUAAACGAAAAAUACAAAGAAGAAUAUCUUAACUCCUAUUUCGAAGACUUACAUGUCUCAUCCGAUGAAAUGGAUUGGAGUGUCAUGAUCAUAAGGGCUUUAGAAUUUAAUGAUUUCAAGGAUUGUGUGAAUCUGUUAAACAUGUUGGAGGAUGGCAAGUUCGUGUUUCAUUACAAGUAUGAAUUAGAAAAGAAAUUCGAUGAAAUGGUGUCCUGGUUUAUUAUAACUUUCCGGGGGAUAACAACUAGGCCAAUACCUCCGGUGAUGACCGAGAACAGGAAAGUUGACUUACUCAGUUUGUACAUGAUUGUGGAACGAGAUGGGGGUUACAAUAGCGUAACCGAAGAUAAUUUAUGGCCGAUUAUUGCAAAAGAUAUGGGAUUUGAAUACAAGGAUGGUGAAUACAUGCGAACCGUUUAUGCCAUGUAUUUAGACAUUCUAGUGUAUUAUUACAAGUUUAAGGAAGUGCAGAAAAGAGUCGAUGAAUCUGAAGGGAUGAAGGAUAAGCAAGAUGCACCAGAAUGCAGUCUCAGAAGGAGCACAAGUGCUGAAGAUAUCAAGAAGGUAACUGAAGAGGAAACGUAUGCACUGUAUGCAGAAAACAGUUGGGAAGGAACGUGGAAUGCUCACAAGAAAAGAAGAAAAUUCAACUUCAAUCAUGCAAGGAAGGCUGUCGAUGAAGCUAAUGCAAGUGUUCUCAAGGGUAUCAACAAACGUAAUUAA